AUGAUUGCAUCUUUGAAAGACCACCAAGGCCUAUGGCGACUAGACAAAGCCAGCUCCGACAGUAGCGAGCCUAUGCCCAAAGCUGCAAGUGUCAACUUAAUCAAACGCAAAAUGUUAGCUGCACUAUCCAUUGAUUGGGAGCUUAAGGUUGAGGAAAACGGUGACAAAACUAAGGCGACUGAGAAGACGUACACAACCUUUGUCAACAAAGAAGUGGUAUUGGACCCAGGCAAGGACGGCGAGUACAAGUCAUUCAUAUCAUACUUCGACGAUGCUUUCGCAGUGGACUGUGAGAAGGAAAUCAAGUAUGACCCAAAGACCGGUAUCAUACAUACCCAUGCUCGAUCCACUGGCAAGUACAAAGGCAUCCAAUGGCACGAGACCCGAGAAAUCAACGCAGACGGCAAUCUGAUUUGGGUGGCUUCCAUGAAAUACAAGGGUACCACUACCAGAAAUGUCCGAACAUUCAAACGUCCCAAACACUAUAACGCCCGGUGGCACUGA